CACUAUUUGUAGCCUGGCAUACUUUUUAUAAACGAGGUGGCGUAUAUUAUAUUCAAAUUGCUGCAAUUUCUCGCAAAUAAAUGCACAUAACACAAAAACUUCACUCCUCGCACCACCAAGGGAGACUUGUAAGAAAAGAAAUAAAUUAAUCGCUGGUGUUAGACCCAUGAAAUUUGAGGAAUACCAGAGCACUUUUUAUAACGUGUUAACUGUCCAACUGUCUAACUAGAAUAUUCUUCAAAAGUGAUUAUUCAGACUAGACUACAAAAAUCUAUGAGCUCAUUACUAUUACCAAACAUAUCUACAUGGACUGGACUACACCACCAUCUUUUUGUCCCCCUCUUCUCUACUUCUCUCCCAUGUUUACAGAUUCAUGUUAAAAAAUUAUUGAUUUUCCGACUAGUAAAUAACGUAUACUGUGAAACGUUUUAAAAAUUCGCCAAAAUUGCUUCUGUAACUCCCAAAAUGUCCCGUUCUAUAAGAGCGGAGACUCGAAGUAGGGCCAAAGAUGAUAUCAAGAAGGUUAUGAAUGUUAUUGAUAAAGUUCGGCAUUGGGAGAAGAAAUGGGUUACAAUAGGAGACACUACAAUGAAGAUCUACAAGUGGGUUCCUGUAACAGAACCCAAAAAGGGCUUGAAACAUAGGGAGAAUAAAGAAAAUGUGGCUCGGAAGAUUCAAAUGGACACUUCUAAUUCAAACUCUAACUUUAGCAUAGCUGAAGACUCUAAUACAUGUUUUUCAACUGUGAGUGACUCCCAAGGUCCUACAGACUUCUCCUCGACCCACAUGACAUUCUCUGAAGACUCCAAUUCACAGGGUAGCGAAAUGGCGCCAUCAGUUAAACGGCUUAAAACUGAAUGAGUAUUUGCAGUUUUAAAUUCCCAAGGAUGAUUUUUUACCUUUGAUUCUCAGGUCUGGCUUUGAAGUUUGCUAAAACUCAUAACCUAAUAUGAUUAUCUCUUAUGGCAUUUGCAAAUAUUUGGGGUUUGUCUAUUGGUCUGGACAACCUUCUGAGCUAAAGGGAGUCACAAAAUUUAUACAGAAUCUGAGUAAAUACAAACCAGUUUUUCCUCAUAAGAUUGAUAUUUAUUUUUGAUUAUUUUUUUUAAUCAAAAGUGCACAUUAUAGGGUUAUGUGUGGAAUAGCAUAAAUGAGCCAAAUUACCUUCUGAGGUAUGCUGGUAUAUAUACACUCUUAUGUCAAAAAUGACCAUUCUCCUUAAAUGUGGCUUCUUCACUGCAUAAUUUUGUAGGCAUAGACAUUUGACUUCAAGUAACCUCAGUAAAACAAAUCCAAUGAUGUUCAAACAAAUGAUCUGAUCACUGAAAUGAGAGAGUACACAAUCAGGAAAUAUCUUGUGAAGCAAUUGAAUUACUUCAUACGCUGUAUAGAUCUGGUGCCAUCUUGUCACCAAUUUAGGCAGAAAGAAAACCAUAAUAUGCACUUCUGCAUUAAAGCUAGAAAUCUAGUGUUUCAUCAACGAAAUUCAGCCAUAUUUAUGCAGCUGUCAUAAGAAAUUCUGAUAAAAUAGUGAAUAUAUGUCGGUAAAGCUGAGGGAGGACCUUUUGUCUGAUGUUAUAUUCCUUGCAAUGGACUAACCCCAUCUUAUGUACUUUAUUCAAUAAAAAAGUUAUAAUCUAAAGAAAAUCUUGUCUUAAUUCCGUGACACUCUUUAUAAUCCAGACAAGCCACAGAUACAUAGGUGAAUUUGUAUUACUAAUUUGCUAGUUUCAGUGCUUUCGGCCUGCUAGAUGAACAUGAGAGACUUUUGCUUCUCAUUUAAACCUGGUCAAUAGACAAAACCACAGAUGAUUAUUUCUUUUUUAUUUUAUACUUUGAAAAAUGUUUCUGUGGAAGCUGAAACAUCAGUACAGUUUAUUCAUCUGAGGUUUCAUUUGUUGACAAGGCUAAGGAUGGAUCAGAGACGCAACGACAAGAUGAGUUUUAUAAGUGACAUUUUUUUAUUCUAUAAUUUUGCCGUCGAUGUUGUUGUCUUUAUUGCCGCCUGUAAUCUCGGUAAUGGUAGCACCGGCUUUACUGAAAUUUAAAGAGAGAUGAUAUGAUAUUUUUCUAAAGUUAUGUGGCAAUACGUGGUUUAUCCUCAUUUCCAAAUUUUCCAGUGUUGCAACAUCGCCUGAUACCAUUCAGCUGUUCGAUUGCCUCCUCUGUUAAAACCUUUGAUAGUCAAAAGAGUACCACUUUUCAUCUGACAGUUAUAUAGCUGGGGGAUCUGAGGAUGUCACCAGUUUUCUAUCAUGAAGACAACUUUAAACUCUGGUAGACAGGUUUUUAAAAAUAAGUAUUUCAUGAAAAAGCUUGCUCUUUGCAUAGCAGACAUCAAGAAAAAAGGCGAAAUACUUGUUAUGUCGAAACCUGAUGACCAGUUUUUUGUUAGGUUUAGUUUCGAAUAAAAAAUCUGUUGACCACCACAAGAACGCAUAUUUCAAGUCUUACUGGUGGCUGUGGGGUAGCAACCUAAUUCACCCAUUGUAAAAAUAUUUAAAUUCGGAAAUAUCUUCAAUGCUAACAGUCGUAUUAUAGAGACCAGAGAUGAUAAGAAAGAAUCUGUAGCAAGCAUCAACAAGUCUUGUGAUCAAAAAUAGGCGAAGCAGAGAGAAACAUGUAUUCACUAGUAACCAAAAAUUGGGGUGCAUUUGUAAAUCACUUGGUUUUUUAAUAUACACUGUAAGGGAAUGUAGAUUGACAGAUGAGAGUUUACUCUGGAAUACUGUGAAAAUUGGGACAUGCCAUGCAUUGCCACAUAACCUCGGAAAUGUCUAUAUGCUAAAUGCUAAAUGUCAAAGCAACCAAGAUAGAAAAUUUUUGUCUGUCUAGAACUGAGAUAAGCAUUAUGAAACUAUUUUAAUUGUGAGACUAGCAAUAUAUUUAUAAUAGAGCAAAUGAUUUUUCCAACCUUGAUCGCCAUACCUCAUGCACAAUUUCUGAGAGAAAAUAAUGUCUUUUAGAAAAAUUUGUUGUUGCAUGGAUGUCUUUUACUAUAUGAGUAUUAGGAAUGUCAUUUUCUGUUGUAUAUAAUUUAUAUUUAGGAUCAAAUAAAAUGUAAUUAAUAACUG